UCUUCCACGCAGCUUUCUCUUCUAUUCUUCUCCACAUACGCAGCACGUACUUAUUUUCCCGAGAAACAAACAUCAAUUACUGUAGGCCUCAACAGAUACAGGCUCUUUUCUCUCUGUUUUUCUUGUUCUCGAAGUAUGGAUCGCUCCGACUCGAAGCAUUUGACCUGGGGAGGUGCAUCGUUAACUGCUCCAUUCUCCACAUUCAACUGCUUACAUGGUGCCAUUCACGUUCCUGGAUUCUCGCCAUUGAAUUAUCCCCUCCUCCUAUUCCUACAUGCACACUCAACUCCCUCUCUUUCCAACUCUCAUAGGUUUCAGAUCUCAUGACCAUUCCAGAUUGUCGAACUUGCCCGAUCGAGGGGAGAGGCUUUUAUUCGUAUGAUUCUGGAUUAUUGCGCGCUUCAUUUCAUUAUCACUCUCUUGGCGUUGUUCGAAAUCCACGCCAUUUCGCUUUGCGUUUGUCUCCAAAAUAUUCAUAAUCACGUCUCCGGCGUGACCUUUUUCUCUCUUCUUCUGUACUUCGAUGCUCUCGAAAGAGGGCCUUGUAAGAUACCUAGCAGAUUGGCAUGCCCUCACAAUUUUAAUUGGUUAUUGCUAUGUCAUCCAAUUCAAAGUCAGAUGCAGGUUUUUCCCUGGAUGCUGAGGAACCAGAUUUCAGCUCUUUAAAUGGGAAACUGGCGAUGGAUGAACGGGCAAAUGUGGAACACGAGCUUCUUAAUAGUUUUCAAAGACUUCAUUGGGGGAGUAAAGCUGCCAUUGGGGAUGGUACCAAUAUCUUGGUUGAAGUGGAUGAGAAACAGAAGCAUGGAUCCAGAAAAAAAUCUGGGCCUCUAUUUUCUGGAACAGCUUAUUGCAUCUCUUCUUGCAGCAUGAUAUUGCUGAAUAAAGUUGUAUUAUCAAGUUAUGCUUUCAAUGCAGGAAUCUCAUUAAUGUUUUAUCAGAAUUUAAUUAGCACUGUUGUAGUGGUGGCUUUGGGCUUAUGUGGAGCAGUGUCACUGGAGAAGCUGAACUGGAAACUAAUUAAGGUCUGGAUUCCGGUAAAUGUAAUCUUUAUUGGCAUGCUAGUGUCAGGCAUGUACAGUUUGAAAUACAUAAAUAUUGCCAUGGUGACGAUUCUGAAGAAUGUGACAAAUAUUUUAACAGCAAUUGGUGAAUUUUAUAUUUUCCGGAAGCAUCAGAAUCAGAAAGUUUGGACUUCUAUGUUCUUGAUGAUAAUUUCAGCUAUUACUGGAGGCAUCACAGAUCUUUCUUUUGAUGGAGUGGGUUAUGCAUGGCAAAUUGUAAAUUGCAUUCUAACAGCGAGCUACUCGCUCACUUUGCGGUGGGUCAUGGACAAAGCAAAACAGUUGACAAGAUCUGGAUCUCUCAAUGAAGUUUCAAUGGUGUUGCUGAAUAAUAUGUUGUCCUUACCUAUUGCAAUCUUCUUGAUUCUUCUGUUUGAUGAAUGGGAAUAUGUGAUUAAAGUGGAUGUAACUAGAAUGCCGAUGUUUUGGGUAGCUGCAACCGCUAGUGGACUUCUUGGACUUGCCAUAAGUUUCACCUCUAUGUGGUUUCUAAGUCAAACUGGGCCAACCACUUACAGUUUGGUGGGUUCCUUAAACAAAAUUCCUAUCUCCAUUGCUGGUAUGGCAUUGUUCAAGGCUCCACUAAGUCUACCAAAUUUCUUCAGCAUCCUUUUUGGACUAUUUGCUGGAGUAUUCUUUGCCAGGGCCAAAAUGUCCUGAUCUCUUAAGUUUCUCUCAUUAGGGGUGAGAAAGGAGAGGACGAGGCGUUGAUGUUUUAUGUGCUGCUAUAGCAAACUCUCAUUUCAACAAGAGCACAUAUGAAAAUGAGUACCUGAACAAAUUACUGAAGGUUUCUGAGAAGGCGUUUCUAAUGCAUUCUUCAAUUCUUUUUUUUUUUUUUUCCUUUUGAAACAGAAGCCGGUAUACACUGGAGCAUAUAGGAAUCAGAACAGGGGUUUCGUAAAUCAAAUAAAAGAAGUUCAAAAGUGUUACUGGUGUUCUUCACAAGGGAUACAUUGAAUUUAAAAUAUUUUAAAUCAAUUUCUGUGCAUGCUCUUUGGUUUAGCCUUUGGAAAUAUAACACGAGGAAAGGAAAUUGUAACCUUAUCUUCCACUGAAUUGAUGGGAAACUUUGUUGUUAUCAGCUGAACCUGUGAUGCUCCGGGUCGAGAUGUAUUUGAGCUAAAGAGACUUAGGCUUAUGUCUCUUGAAUUGUA